AUGUCGAGAAACACAGAAGAUUACGAUCCAUCGGAUCUACUGAACUCCACGUUCUAUUCCUCGACAUCCAUCAACACUCUCGAUCAUGCAAAGACGUUCAGAAACUCGCUAAUAUUCAAAGAAAUGUCAGAACAAAGCUUGGAUGCUUCCCUUAGAUCUGACGAAUCACCUAAGAAAAGAUAUAAUGGUUACUUACCUACUACGACAAAAGUCAAAGGUGAAAUUGAAACUGUUAAUAUGACUACAUCCCCAUCGUUGAGUGCUCUUGCAGAUAUGCUAAAUGAAAAGUCUAAAACUGCUGAUCAAAAAAUGAAAGUUGUUCAAAAUAUUGAAUCGUCCAUUUUAGAGGAAGAAGAGGAGGAAGAGGAAGAAGAAGAGGAAGAGGAAUACCAACACUAUGAUGACGGCGGAAACGACAACUCAGACUACCAAGAUCAUAAGAUAACUAAUGCAGUAACAUCAUCACCAAACCUAAUUGAUAUGGAUGAUUCUAAUGAUAGACCCUUUACGAUGCCUCUAUCCAAUUCAAAUUCAUUUGUUGCUGAGCAACCUGAUUUCUUAACGACUCCAAAACAGAAACCUGCCCCAAUAUCCCGUAUCGAUAAGUCACAAAUAUAUGAAACUAUCCCCGAGGGCUUAGAAAGCCCAGAGCUUCCGUCUCCAGUAGAGCAACCUAAUCUCGUACAUAAUAGUAGCAUGAUGGAGCCAGAGCAUAUUGAAAUAGAAUCGAAAACUAAUACUCAUGCAACCGUAUCAUCAUCGAAUAGUUCCGAUAUCCAAUUAUCUGAAAGUAGAAAGACAAAUUCCACUGAGACAAGUCAUUCUAAACAUAAAGACAAAAGAAUUACCAGAAUUGUAUCAUCUGAUUCCAAAAAGGACACAUCCUCUACGAAACAGAAGAAGAGGAGAAGUAUUUUCUCUUUUUUAAAGAAAAAAACACCUAAACCAAAAGAACAAAUCGAGAUACCUACUCCUCCAGCGAAAAAGAAACCAAUAAAUACCUAUACCUCUCCACCAAUGGCCACUACCGAGAAGUUAACUCAAAAAUCUCAAAGUAGCACGAGUAUAUUCAAUUCCCUGCGUAAGCAAAGGCAAGAGUCACUAGGCCCAGAUUCUAACCCAAAGAGCCAUAAUCAAAGCAAAACUCUUCCAAAGACAAGAAGACAUACAGUAUCUACAAAUACAGCUCUAGAUACUCCGGAAAUUUUGUUAUCUGCUCCAGAUAUAACGUAUACCACACCCACAAAUAAUAAGAUAAUGAAAAGGAAUCCAACUCCACUAACACUAGAUCGUGCCCUAACUAAUUCACUGAUACAAUCGCCUUCCCCCCAAAAAAAUGAUUCCGAUACCGCAUCACCUAUUGAUAUUAUUAGACCAACAAAAUAUGAUUCUGGUGAAGUCCUCUUCCCUAAGUCGUUGGAUGAUCAAGAAGUGGAUUCCAUCGUCUCAAUUGAACGCACACGCUCUACCAAGAGAAGCUCUAUAACGUCAAAUAGAAGAUCGUUAACUGAUAAUUUAUCUAUCAAGGCCCAAAAUGAAGGGAUGUUUAUUACGGAGGCAUCAUCUGUUGUACUAUCUACUCCAGAUCUAACAAAAUCUCCAGCUAGUAGCAUCUUAAGGAAUGGGAAAUUUGGAGAUCUUAAUGAAGUUUAUACGAAUGAUGAGUCAUUUAUAGAUAAGAAUCACGAGUUUAAUAGCUCGACUCAAAAUGAAUUCUCUCUGGGGUCCAUAGAGGAAAGGCUAAAUGAAAUGACCAUGGAUCAUGACAUGGAUAUUGCGGAAGCACCACAGCAUGUAUUGGAGAGGAAACUCACCAAUGAUGACUCGAAUUUCUUCGAAGAAGACCAAGAACUUAUGUCUGAUAUUAUGGAAUUUGCUAAUAUUAUUAAUUUUGGUGACGAAGUAAACUUCGAUGACCUAGAUCAUGAUCCAUCAAGUCCCCCAUAUAGAACUUUUAACCCAGCCGUAAUUAAUUCAUUUGAUCCUUCUAAGACAAUCCAAGAGGGAACUAAGUCGAUUCAACUUGAUACGAACACGACUAAUAAUUUUGUUUCUAAUUCUGGUCUAGGUAUUACUCAGGAAGAGUAUGACUUAGAUGAUGUUAUAGAAGAGGUGAGUACAAAUAAUGAAGAGGAAGUGGAGAUUGAAGGUGAUUUUGAUAAUGAAGAUUUUAAUGCGUACAAUGAAGAAUUACAAGAAACUCCGAAGGUGAAUGCAUUUUUACCUGAGUUCCAAAUGAAUAGACCUGUCUCCAUGUCAUUUAGAGGAUUGAAAGGCCCAUCAUUUAACUCGACUACUGCAAAUUCAUUAAUAAAUACAGAACUGAUGGCCACUACCACCUCUGAUGAACUUGAAACAAAGUGCAAAAUACAUUUCUCAUCAAGUAUUCUGCUCUAUGAGACGUAUGGUGAAUUCGAAUAUGACAGACACCCAGAAUUGGCUACCUGUAAUCAAUUGACACCUCAGUUAGCACAAAUGAUCAAAGUGGAAUUGAAUGAUUUAAAGAGCACAAUGGAUAUUCAUGAGGACUCUAGAUGCUACACUCAUUUCUAUUAG